GUGCUCGAGUCUCGGCCCCGUGAUGGGAAUCCAAUGAUGAUUCGUCUUGAAUACUCGGGAGUUGAGAGCCAAGUCGGUAUCAAGGAUGCCAGGGUCUGAGUACUACGCUUGUGGGGGAUGAAGAACCAGAGAUUUGUAGAUGUAUAUACAAGUGGCUGCCCUCUCCAAAGAGGUGGUAUUCUUGAAAAAUUCCUAGCCCUUCUAUCUUAAUUACAUGAUAUCUUUACUUUUUCAUAUUUCCUAGGUUCUGUGAACCUUUUUGUGCAGCUUCUUGAGCAGCCAUACCCAUACACCAACUUACACAACCUCAAAGACAAUGUCUUCAACAAGUAACCCCUUUCCGCUUGCGUCGGAGAGCUACGAUGAUAGUGCUCCAAGCGCCGACUCUGGCACUGAGGCGGGUGCUGCUGGCGACAGCUCAGGCAACUCAGUUUCUAUCUCUCAAGGCGGCAUGAUUGCUAUCAUCGUUGUCGUUGUUGUCGUCAGUUUGAUCGGCAUCUCCACAGCCGCCCUCUUCUUCAUAGCAAAGAGGCGCGAAUGGACAAUGAGAGAGACAAUCAGGAAGUCUGCUCGCAAGGUUGUUACGGCUCUCACACCGCGGAGAACAGAGUUCCCUUCAUCAGUCAAAGACGGGCCUGUUCCAUCUCAUCGUAACCGUACACGGAUUGUUGAUGAUGAUGUCCCUCCGACACCGAGAAUUCGACCUGAAGAUCUUGAAAAGGGUCUAGCUCAAGCCAAGGCAAAGCGUAAGGAGAAGAAGUGGUCGAGGAAGUGA